UCCACCCAACCACUGUUUGGUUAGUUGCCUGUGUAGUUUCUGAGCAUGACAGCAGUGCACCGCAUUGUUCAUGAACGCGUAAAGUUUGACCCUGCCAAGUUGCCGUAUGUUUCUAUUGGAUGCAGAUCGAUGGAGACCCGAGGACGAAGAUGGCGGAGGAGCUAGACAGAGUACGAAUAUCCGCUGCAGAACUAAGAGCAGAGGCUUCAACAUUAGUUACUCGUCGAGGGAAUGUCAAAGAGGUUCGAGAAGAUAAACGGCACAAACAGCGAGACGGGAAGCGGCCAGAUAUGCAGCGCUAUCAGCCGAGCGCAGGACACAAACGCAAGGACAGCGUAGAGACGGACGACCCGCAGCAAGCCCCGUCUCAAACGGAACAAUCGGCUCCAGCAGUAGACGAAGCCAUGUCAAAGAAGGACAUGCCAGUCUUGGGGACUGACCGACCUCACAGCAAUGCCAAGCACAGUGUGCACAGGGACGCUACCCACCAGGAGGACGCUCUGCUGUCGGAUGCUGACCUUAGCAACGUCAGCUUUGAGAGCGGAGGCCCGGAAACGUCUGGCAGGAAGGGUGUCGUUGUGAAGGAUGGCCAGGGGUCUGACCCGGGGCUGCCCACCUCACCUAAACAUGCGCGCAAAGCACGCAAGCCUGACCGCCAGAUAUACCAGGCGGGGGGACGCUGGGCGAAGGGUGGUAAAGACUCCGCUCCAAACCACAAGGACUCUGAGAAGGGCGGUAAAGACUCCGCUCCAAACCACAAGGACUCAGAGAAGGGCGGUAAAGACUCCGCUCCAAACCACAAGGACUCUGAGAAGGGCGGCGUGGACGCGGAGGCCUCGGGUCCCAGCGGAGAGAUGGAGAAGGGAAGCAGGGAGGCCGAGCUCGGGCACAAGGACGGGGGUGGACGGGAGUCGGAGCGCGCCUUGACCGCCGCGCCGCCUGGGGACCUCGAGGACAGCAGAGGUGCCGCUGAGCCGCAGGGCAAAGGGAGGGGCGAGAGGGGCCGCGGCCGGCGCAGCAAGGACUCAAACAGGAAGCAGGAGCCAGGACGGCCGAGAAGAGACGGAGGAGGACCCGGCCUUGUCCAAUAUGAGGACCGGCGGCGCGUGGACACGCUGGCCAGUAGAGUGGAGAAGCCUCGAGCAUGA